AUGGGGGACGACGGCCCCAGCCGGAAAUCCGCCAUGGAGGACAAGGCUGACGCCAUCCCGGACGAACUUCUUGGCCUCGUGUUCGUGCGCCUCACCAAGCCUGUGGACCUAGUCCGCGCCGCUGUGACCUGCAGGCGCUGGCGCCACAUCAUCGUGGCCGAGAGCUUCCGCGUCCUCUGCGCUCUCCACGGCGCGCCGUCCACCAAAGUUGCCGGCAACUACCUCGUCGAUGAGCGCUCACACGGCUGGCGUAUGCCUGGCCGUCAUCCCGUCUUCUUUCCCUCUGCCCGGCCACCUUGGAUGGGGGCCGUCGCAACGAAUCUGGAGCUCGACUUCCUCCCUCGGACGAAAGACGGCGAGGUCAUAAUGGAGCUCGCCGACGUUCGGGGCGGCCUCCUACUCCUUCUGGACUUCAACCACGCCGAAGAUGGAUGGUCUUGGGUGAAGCUGUCACGUGCCAUCGUCUGCGAGCCCCUGGCACGUCGCUACAUGACGAUCCCUCCCUCGGGGUGGUUCCACGGAAGCCAUUUCGUCGCUGCCGUCCUGCUCCACGGCGAGGACGCAAGGGCGCGCAUCAGUCUGUCAAAUUUCAGGGUGAUGUGCGUGUCCUAUCAAAAUAGCAUCGCCAAGACCUAUGCCUUGUCCCCCGCCUCUGGUGGCCGCUGGACCUCCUCCGGCGCCACCGCGAGUAGCAGCAGGGUGCUAUGCGGCAAGGACUACUGGACGGCCGCGGGGCCGAUCAGCUUCAUCGGGAGCAACAAGCGGUUCGCCCAUUGGUCGGUCGGAAACUACGUUCUUGCAUUUGACAAAGAGUCCGGCGAGCUCUCGUCUCAGUCCGCGUCGGUCAUGCUACCGGGCGGGCACGUCGAGCUGGAGUACAUGCUAGAGCUGCCGUGGCCACCUACCUUCCGAGUUAUCUUAUGCUAG